AUGGUAGAGCUGUUUUUCGAGGCAAUGGCAUGUAUAUCGAUCAGACAUUUGGGCGAGGUUCGCAAGUUUCUCGGCAUGCGAGUUCGUUUGGAGGACGAAAAGACGUGCACAGUGGAUCAACAAGCGAUUAUGGAAGAAAUGCUUAAAAGUCAUGGUUUGAAGGAGGCGAAUGGUGUUCGUGCGCCUAUCAGUGAAGAAGCUAAUGAAGUUGAAAAAGACCCUGUGUUACUGACAACGGUACCGAGACAAAGAGGCGAAUCAACGAUUCGCGAUUUUCAGUCGCUUGUGGGGAGCUUACUUUGGAUUGCAAGAUGUUCACGUCCGGAUAUCAGCUUUGCAGUUCACAAGGCCACGCGGAGCACUCACCAACCUACUAUAAGUGACUGGAAGCUGACAAAGAGAGUCGCAAGAUACUUAAAAGAGACCAAGAACCUCAAGCUCAAGAUGAAUUUUUAA